AUGGAUGACUUUAGUCCGGGCCGCAGGAGUCCCCGAGGGGACGUGCGGGACCCGUCGCUCGACAGGCGGCGCGGAUCGCCCAGGCGAGCCUCUCGGGACGAGGAGAGGAAGUCCGCCGGUCGCUCGUCGUCUCGCCACAGAGUUGACGAAGAAGACAGCUUCCACAGCCGCGGUGCCGGCGUGAGGGGCAGAACGAGCUUGUCUCCUGCGAGGUCGGGAAGGGGACAGACCCGACUGAACGGGGUGGAGCGCGACGAGGACGAGCGGCUGGCGAGCAGACACCCGCCGUCCGGGUCGGGGAAGAGAGACUCCCGUGAAGACGGAAGCGAGAGGAGGGCGACCGAGCCGCGCGAACGGCGGUCGGCGCCGUCUCCGCUCUACGGGCCCCAGCGCCGUUUCAGCGGAAGGUCCCCUUCGCCGUACAGAGGCGCGGAGAGGGAGGAGGAUCGAUCGAAGAAAGAGCACGAGUGGAAGCGAGGCCGCUCGCGAGAGAACAGUGGGGAUGGUCGGCAGCUGCGUCCGCGAGAAGGCCGCAGAGGCCCAGACGAGGAGGGCGACGCAGAGGGAGGCUCCUCACAUUUUGGCUACCGAGGGGACGGCGACAGCAGGCGCGAAGAGGACGCAAGGAGGCGCCGGGGGGGCAAGGGAGAAGACAGGUGGAGAAGAGAGCAGCCGCUAGCACGGGAACCGAGAGAACGGGAUGAGGACCGGCGGGAGGACGCGUUUGUUCGCGACGGCCGAGAGAGCGGACGAGCGAGAGAAGAGCGGGAGGCGGAUGAGAGAGAUUCCUCGCAGUCUCGCCGACUGCCUCGAGAAAGGACGAAGAACGACGGCUCGAGUGAAACCGGAGAGGAUUGCCAGGGAUCCCGCCGCGGUGCCGUUUCCUGCCUUGAAGACAGAGACAGACGGAGAUUCAGUCGCUCCCCUGGGCGAGGCAGAGACAGGGGAGACCGGGCAGUUCUCUCGACCUACUCUUCUCAAAAGGGAGAAGAGAGAGGCCGAGGUGAGGGAGAGAAGGGAGACCUUCCACGCGAGGAGAGAAGAUGGAGGGGAGGCAGCCCGUCAGAUUCGGCGCGGAGACCGGAAGGCGAGAGAGGCCGAUUUAACGGGGAGAAAGAGGACGACAGGAGACCGAGGUCGCCUGACCGCAGAAGAACCUCCAGCGACGCCGACACGCUCCCGCAACAGUACAGGAGAGACGGCAGCGACUCCCCUGGUGGGCGGGGGCGGCGGUCGCCUGCGCGGGGAGGGAAAGACGAGCGAGACGAAGAACGCGAGGACCGGGGGCACCGCGACAGUCCGCCCCUGGCGCAGCGAGAGAGAAGUGGAAGUGUGCAUGACCGAAAGGCGGGCCGUCGCAGCACAAGUCGAGAAGAGGAGAGAACCAAGGCACGGGGCGAACGCCUUUCAUCGCUGACGCCAGAGAGUGAAAAAGGCGAACCGUCGAGUGUCUCGCCCCGUGAUGCUACAAGGAAACCGCCUCGGCGCCUUCCGCUGCCACCGCCUCCCCUGCCGUCGCGCGGGCGAGCCGAGCGCGAGGGGGAGGCCUCGGAGGGAAAGGCUGGGACCCAGCUCCGCGGAGAAAGCCAAGAAGAGGAGAUGCGAGAAGAACGCAAGCGAGAUGACCGAAACCGGGAGCGCUGCACUCCGCAGUCGCCGGUGGCUGGGCGCCGCCAGACGGCGUUCUGUCUUCGCAUUGAGAAUCUGCCGUCUUCGCCGUCGAGGUCGGAGAUCGCGGACCUUCUGCGUGACUGUUGCGGCAUCCGCGUCCCGAUAGAGAUGAUCGAGCUCUUCCCUGUAGACGCGCGCGCUGUGGUCUAUCUCCAGUCGCAGCAACAAGCCGAGAGUGCGCAGUACAAGCUCCAUCGCCGGUCGCUCAGGAACUGCCGGCUGGACGUGUUUGUGGGCGAUCGCACCGGUGCUGGGAGAGAGGGCCGCGAAGACAUCUCCAGGAAAGAGAGAGACCGUGAAGGCUCGCCCCGACUGGACUCGCGCGACUCGCGGCUGCCCCCACGUCGCCGUGGAUCUUCGGCCGGACGGGGGGACUCUCCAGCCCGCGACAGAUACCCGCCACCUUCGGGUUCUUCCUCGUUUCGCAUCCUCCGUCCUCGCUCGCCGCCUGGCCCGAAGGGCGACAGGGGAGCGUCGCCGCGCCGGUGUCGCCGGUCCCCGCCGCGCCCCUUGAUCAUCCGACCGGGCGCGAACGGCGGGCCCUUCCCAGGUGGCGUCGAGGUUCUCCCAACAGAUUUCUCCCACAGUCGCGGAGACAGAAGGGACGAGGAGCUCGAGGAGGACGAGCGCCGAGGGCCGCCUCGCGCGUCAGAUCUACGGGGGAGCGGCCGGGGGUUGUCGCCCCGCGGGAGGCCCAGCGGAGGAGGCAGAGAUAUCAGCGACUCGCGGUCUCCAAAGAGAAGAAGAAGGGACGAGAACCUUGCGAGGGACAGCCGCAGGGGGCGGCCGAGUCGGUCGCUUUCACGGUCCCCCACGAAAGGCGAAGACGCGCUCAAGGGGCCAGGGCGAAAGGGCCGGGAGGCCGGUAGGUCGGCUUCUCGAGAAGGCCGAAAGGCGCGCGCCUCGUUGUCGCCGGCACGUGGCGCGGAGACUGCCGAGAAGGAGAAAGGCGAAAAAGGCGCCUCGCUGUCUCCCGACAGGCGAAGCGCGAGACGCAGCGCCGGAAGGGCCCCUCCCGGGGCAGAGGAGACCUCUCGCGAUUCCAAGGCUGGCCCGGGCGGCACUCUCGGCGCGCCUCGCCCGCGGUCGCGCUCCCCAGCAGGAAGUGCGCGCCGCUUUAUGGGCCCCGGCGGGCAACACCCGACGCCAGGCAUCUCCAUUCGGUUAGCUGGUCGUGGAGGAAUGCCUUCGCGAGACUACAUGGACGGCGGCCGAGGAAGGUCGCCGUCGCCGCAUUCCAAGCGAAGAGGCGGCUCGCCGCGGCGGGGCUGGAGGCACCCGGCGCACCGUUUCGGACCUGGGUCGGUGAGUCGUUCGCGGUCUCGGGCCUCGCACUCGCUGACGCCCUCGGAGAAGAGCGACCGCCGAGAGAGAGAGGGUGAGGACGCGCCGGGCGAGAAGCGAAGAUACAGUGCGGGGGACGGUCGAAAGGCCGGCGGGCGGCGGUCGCUGAGCCGGAGGCGGUCGGUGGGGCGCGAGGCAGGCGCCAGGGGCGACGACAGAGACGAGCGCCUCCACGACAAGGCCAGGGGCCCGUCGCCCUUCGGCCCCGGGCGCGAGAGAGGCAGCGGGCCGUACGGCGAGAGGAGACCGGAGCGCGACCGGAGUCCUGGGCGCCUCGGGGCGAACGAGAGACGCGAACGCAGCAUCAAGCAGAAUCCGCAAGAAAAAACCAUGCUGCGGCUCCAUGAACGCGGCAGAUGCACGCCCUGCCGGCAGAUAAUUAAGGGCCUCGAGUGCUUUCGAAUCUCGACUUGUCCAUACUGCCACCACGCAGAACACGACCCAAUGUACAACAGACCGGGCAUUGAGGCGCCCGAACUGGAGGCGGCUUCGCUCCUGUCGCCGUCAGCCUCUGCAGGGCUGCAUGCGUCACCGGACGGCGUGGACGCGGCUGCGGCUGCGCAGAAGAAAUGCGGAGAGGACGGGCGUCUGCGUGGGCGUUCCGCGUCUUUGUCUCCGGGCAAAGGCGCAGAGGCGAAGCCGUCGACUGGCAACGCGAACGCAGCGCUGUCGCCAAUGGUGCUCAAACAGCAUCUGGCUGGGACGUGUCUCCCGUGCUCGGAGUACAAGCAGGAUCGGUGCCGACGUGGGGACACGUGUCCCUUUUGCCACCACAGCGACCACUUGCCGAAGGUCGACGGGAAAGGCAAGGGCGAAGCCAAGAAGAAAGAGACCAAGAAGCUGGACUCGAAGGAGCAGCAGGAAAGAUACGCUCUGGAGCGGCACGAGAAGGGCUGGUGCCGCCCGUGCAAGAAGUACUUUGCCAAGAACGCGGAGUGUCCGGCUGUGAAGAAGAACCAGCCGUGUCUGUACUGCCACCACGAAGACCACCGUGCGGACAUGCCGUCACGCAUUCAGAGCCGGCAGCCUUCGCCCGAGCGUGCGUCGCCUGCUGAACCUGCCAAGAACGAGGAGCCUGCGGCUCAGGACCCGUCUGCUCCGCUGCUGGCCUCGCCGCCCCACAGUCUCCAUUCGCCUUCCAGUCUCUGCUCGCCGACUGCCCAGGGCGCCCUGGGGGAGCAGGGGAGCGGCCCCGCUAUUCUGCGGCCCGGCGACCCCGCGGCGGGGGCGGCAGAAACCUUUGUUUUUGCGGACGCUGCGCAACAAAAGAAGCACGAGAAAGGGCUCUGCUUGCCGUGCAAGUUCUAUGUCUCCGGACGACAAUGCUACAAAGUCGACCAGGGAUGUGUGUACUGUCAUCAUCCCUCUCAUCUCUCUCUCGCCGUGCAAGGACUGAGCCAGCACGCGGACGGCUCGGGCGUGCCGUGCCUGCAGAAGGUUCGCGAGCAGCACGAGCAAGGCACUUGCCGCCCCUGCGUGCACCACUUCGUCCCAGGACUGACGUGCGCGUGGGGCGUCCAGUGUCUCCUCUGUCAUCACCCGCAACACGGCGACCGUUCGAGUCCGAGUUUCUACUUGAAGUGGGAGCACGACCGCAACGUGUGUUUGCCCUGCGCGAAGGCGCACGUCUCGGGCCACGGCGGCUGUCCAGAGAGCGACAACUGCGGCUACUGCCACGACCCUGUGCACACAGACCCGACGAGUGAGCAGCACUUUGCGCGCGUGCUCCACGCCCGAGGCGUGUGCCGCCCGUGUCAACAGUUCCUGCAGGGGGCGUGUCCUUUCGAGCAGGUCUGCUGUCCCUUCUGCCACAACCCGCAGCACCUGGGCGGGCUCGGGGCUGAGAAGGAAGGCGAGAAAGAUCGGGGCGCGGAAGGCGCGGGCCAACAAGGACUGCUUCCCGUCGGCGUUGUCCCUGGACCCAAAAUAGGCCCCGCGGCGCCCCCCGGUCACCCGCUGUUCUUGAGGCCGCCUGCGACGGCAGACGCUCGGGGCAACCCUGGGCUCCUCUUCCCGCCUCAACAGCCGGGCACCAUGCUUUCCCACCAUGGCCUCCCUGGACCCUUGCUGGGGCAUCCGCCUCCUCUCGCUGGCGUGGGCCAGCCGAUCGGUCACCCCGUAGGAGUCGGCACACCGGGGCUGUUCCCGGGGCCCCCACAUCCGCCGCGGCCGUCCUUCGUGUUCCCUGGCGGCGUGCCCCCUGCAGGCGGCCCGGUCGCCGGUUCGCCGUUCCCCGGUCAGGCCCAGGUGUUUGCCGGCGCGGGCGCGGCGCCCCCGGGGAGCCCGACCGUCCCGCAAAAGGACGAGGAGACCGAAGGCGCUGCCGAGGCGGGGGCCGGCGAAGCCGCGAAGAAGGACGCCGCGAACCUGCCUGUCGGCGUGAUUUCUGCGCCCCCGAAGCUCGGGUCCGCUGCGAAAGAGAAGGACGAGUCGGGCGCAAAGAAGGAAGAGGAGGAACUGGAUCCCGUAGCAGCAGCCGCCGCCGCGUACGCCAAGGAGCAGGAGGCCAGGCAGAUGCUCCUUCAGCAGCAGAACCAGUCAAUGAUGCAGGCCCCACAAAACAUGGGCGGGCCGCCCUCCCAUCCUGGCGGCUCACCCUGGCCCGGCGUGCCUUUCCUCCAACCGCCGCCGCCGGGCGCAGGGCCCUGGGGCGCUCCAGGCGCUCCGCACCCGCCUGCGGGGUCGCCGAUGCCCGGAAACGCGCCGCAGGGGCCUCACCCGAUGGGCGUCGGCCCCCCGCCGCCCGGCCCGCCAGGCUCAGCUGGGCGCGCGCCUCACCUUCUGCCGACGCCGCCUGGGGCGCCGCCAGGGACCCAUCCGCAGUCCCAGAUGGGCCCUCUUGGUAUGGGAGGAGACAGGGGGAUGCCUGCGAUGCCAGGGGCGCACGCGCCGGGCGCCGCGCCGCCGGCGCCAAUGUACGGCAUGGGCCCUGGGAUGGGGAGACCGCCUGCCCCCGGUCAAGGGCCAGGCGCCUUCUGUGGGCCAAUGGGGUCUCCUGGUGUCCGGCCUCCAGGCCAAGGCCCGCCAGGAAGCAUGCCCGGGACCAGCGGCCCGACUGGCUACAUGGGAUCCGACGGCAAUUUCGGCAUGUCUCACCACCUCGGCGGCCAGAGGCCGCCGCCCCCUCACUCGCACGGCUCGCCAGGCAUGGGCAUGCCUGGGGCGGGCGCGCCGUCUCCGUUCUCAUCUUCGUCGUCGCCCAAACCCUCGCCGCCGCCCUUGAUGGGCUGGGGAGGUCAGCCGCUCAUGGCCUCCCAGCCGCCGCCUCCCGGCGGGCCGCCGACGCCUCAGGGCGACGCCGGACAGGGCGUCGCCAUGGCUGGGCCCCCGCCGCCAAGCAUGUCUCCUGGGAUGGGGACAGGAGCCCAUCCGCCGCCGCCUCCGCCGCCUCCAAGUGGAGGGCCCAGCUCGGAAGGGUUCGGGGACAGCUCGGGGCAGGGGGCUGGAUCGUUCCAGUCGUCCGCUCUGGCCGCAAAGAACCCUGCGGCGGCAGCUAUGUUGGAAGCGGCUCAGCAGGCGGCGCAGGCCGCAGCGUCGAAGCUCGGGUCGUCCAGCUCGUCGCCCCCAGCGCCUCCCGCGCAGUCGUCGUACCUCACCCAGAGCAGUCGUGUCCCGGGCAUGUCCCCGGCUGCGGCAGCGGCAGCUGCGGCGGCGGCGGCGCUUGCGGCCGCGGCCAUGGCUGCGAAGAAGAAGGGCGAGGAGGCCCAGAAGGUGCGCGAUAUGGAGACGCAGGCCCAGGGCCCGAAAGCUUCCCCGACCAUGCCAGGCCUGGCAGGUGUCCCCGGGGGACUUCCGGGGGCCAGCGGCCACGCCCUGGCGGGGACGCCGUUGCCGUCUCCUCUGCAACUUGGAGGCGCUGGAAGGCCCGCCCUCGGCUCGGCUGGCUUUGCGCCUUCGCCUUUCGGCUUCUCUGUCGGAAGCCGCAGCGGCGGCCUGGCCUCAGUGGUGGAAGCCGCCAAGGCUGCGGUCGCCCAGAAGGCCCUCCUGGCUGCGAAAGAGGCCCAGCCCGAAGGGCCAGGAGCAGACGGAGGCGCCGGGACAGAGGGUGCACAGAGCCUGCCGGCCGGAGUGCUGGCCGCUGCGGAGGCUGCCAAGGCAGCGGCCGCGGCCAUCAGCGCCUCGUUGGCCGGUGUGAGCGGAUUCUCGGGCUAG